AAAAAGAGACAAACUGUUUGCACUGAGGAGGGAGUUAUUGAGAGUGAAUUGUGGGAGGACAGUGGCACAGAGCAUCCAUUAUCGCCUUAUUCAAAGGAGCCGUUUGGGAAAAGCAGAUCAAGGACGCCAACAUUUGCUUUACAUUAAUAUGAAAAACCUUAUGGGACUAUUCCACAUCUGAAGCGAUAGAGAAGUAUCUGUGUAUGGUUUUCUGUGGUUUGGCAUCAUGGCACACGCAGCAGCACACCUGAAAAAGGCACGGGAACUGGAACAACCUCCAGAGAUAAAGGCUCUCACCAAAGCCAGAGAGAGACGCAAGAGACACAGAGAGAGAGCAGAGCGCAAACACAAGUCGGACAGUAAUACCAGCUUCCUAAGGGCGGCCAGGGCAGGUAAUAUUGAAAAGGUGCUGGAUUUCCUCAAGAGCGGACAGGACAUUGCCACAUGCAACCAGAACGGACUCAAUGCGCUCCAUCUAGCAGCCAAAGAGGGUCACGUGCAGCUGGUGGAGGAACUUUUGGAGAGGGGUGCGACCGUGGACUCUUCAACCAAGAAAGGGAACACAGCAUUGCACAUUGCUUGUCUGGCUGGGCAGAAAGAAGUUGCGAAGUUAUUGGUGAAAAGAGGAGCAGAUGUAAACUCGCAAUCGCAGCUUUACGGUGCCGGUAUGUUACUACAGAAUGGCUUCACUCCACUUUAUAUGGCUGCUCAAGAGAAUCACCUGGAUGUUGUGCAAUAUCUUCUGGAGAAUGGUGGAAACCAGAGUAUUGCCACAGAGCUGGUCUAA